CACCAAGGCCAGCAGGGAUGGGUAGAGGCAUCUGGUCCAUGAGUACAGGGUCACCUGUGUCCCAACUUGCUGGGGCUGAUGCAGGAGUUUAAUGAACUGCCAUUUUGUAGCCACCUCCCUGGUGACCUAGACGGCCCUUAGGCCAAUCCACAGCGCACUCUCAUGCCGCAGGGUAUAUUUACCCACAGACUCUGCACAUCCUGUGAGAACCGUUAGGCUCUGCUCAGCACGCUCUCUCGCUCUCGGUUCAACCUGUUUCCUGCACUAGCAUUUCUGCCAGCAAACGCAGGAGGAAACGCGAGGGAGCUCCAGACGUCUUCCCUCCCAGCCCUGUCCCUCGGCGGCGAUUUCUGAGAGGUCGCUGGAGCCAGAAGCCCAUGGCAGGGGGGUGUCUAGUUCGGUAUCUUGGUGGCCCCCCGGCUGGAAGGGAUUCUCGGCUCUUCAGAGGAGCAGGAGUUUGAGAGGAAAAACAACGUUGGUAUUUCUGCCUUCAGCCUCCUGCUCCCUCCCCAGCGCUCUGGCACCCCUGUGCCCCAGGUUUUCGUCUAGGGAUCCCCCAAACACACACACAGGUUAUGAAGUGACGACGUCUCUGCUGGUUACGCCUUUCUCCCCCAGGGCUCUGAAUGGGGGUCUCCUCUGGUCCUCCCGCUUCCUCCCCAGGCUGAGCCCAGGGGGACCUGUCCCGCCAGGCCCAGGGCCAUGGCCUUCCUCCUCAAGUUCUUCCGUUUCGGCGCGGAGAAGAAGAAGGCGAAACACUACGAGAACGUGAAGCGAGACGUCAACCCAGAGGACAUCUGGACAGUGCUGGGGGAGCUGGGGGAUGGCGCCUUUGGGAAAGUCUUCAAGGCACAAAACAAGGUGACAGGGGUUCUGGCUGCUGCGAAGGUGAUUGACACGCAGAGUGAGGAGGAGCUGGAAGAUUACGUGGUGGAGAUAGACAUCCUUGCCUGGUGCGAUCACCCAAACAUUGUCAAGCUGCUGGACGCACUGUACUGGGACAGCAGGCUGUGGAUCCUGAUUGAGUUUUGCCCAGGAGGAGCAGUGGAUGCAGCAAUCCUGGAGCUGGAGAAGGGUCUGACGGAGGAGCAGAUCCAAGUGGCCUGUAAGCAGAUCCUGCUGGCCCUGCAAUAUCUCCACAGCUGCAAGAUCAUCCAUCGGGAUCUGAAGGCUGGGAAUGUCUUGCUGACCUUGGAAGGAGAUGUCAAGCUGGCUGAUUUUGGAGUCUCUGCCAAAAACUCCCAAACCCUGCAGCGACGGACAUCCUUCCUUGGGACACCAUAUUGGAUGGCUCCAGAAGUGGUGCAGUGUGAAACCUCGAAGGAGAACCCCUAUAACUACAAGGCUGACAUCUGGUCCCUGGGGAUCACCCUGAUCGAGAUGGCCGAGAUGGAGCCCCCCUUCCACGAGCUGAACCCCAUGAGGGUGCUGCUGAAAAUCUCCAAGUCCCAGCCACCCACCUUGCGCUGUCCCAAGCGAUGGUCUGAGGAGUUUAAAGACUUUCUGAGAAAAUCGCUGGAGAGGAAUCCUGAGGUCCGGUGGUCAGCCAGCCAGCUCCUGCAGCACCCCUUCGUGGCAGAGGUGUCGGAGAAGCGGCCCCUGCGGGAGCUGAUCGCGGAGGCCAGGGCAGAGGUGAUGGAAGAGGUGGAAGAGGAGGAGGAGGAAGGACAUGUCUCAUCACCACACCAUGACCACAAAGGCUCCUUCUACAAGGCCUCCAGCAGCAGCCACCACGAGCAGGAAACGCCGUCCCAGCACAGUCAGAACCUGGACGGGAGGGAAGUGCAAUCCCUCCCCACGGCAGGAGCUGGCAGGGAGAUGGACAUGACGGCUCAGCCAGCCAGCCACUCUGCUCCGCCAGCAGAGGAGAGCAAACAGGAAGAGCAAACGGGGUCUCCAAAGAAUCAGACGGGGAGCCCUCUCCCUGCUGGCCAGCCUGAGUUCCAAGGACCUGGGGUCAACACCAGUGUCCAGGGAGACUCAGUCCCCUAUGGUCCCCAGAUGAGGACAAAAAAAGCUUCCGACUUCCUGAAACAAAUGAGGCGAAAGUCCGCGCCCAUGUUUGCAGCUUCCCGGGAGCUGCGCGGCUCCAUGAGGCUCCCCUCCCGAAAGCCCUCUGACGUCCUGAAGCUGAUGAGACGCAGGUCGUUCUUUGGUGGGUUGAAGUCACAAGAAAAUGCCAGCGAACCAGGUGGGAUCAAUGGAGAGCCAGUAGCGCAUACAGCCAGCGGGAAAGCUCAGGGCAAGGAGCAGCUGCCGUCAUGUCCUGAGCCUCAGCCAUGUGUGGGACUGCCAGACACUCUGGAGGAGACAGCACCAGAUCCCUUCCGAGCAGCAGCACGCAAACCAGAAGCAGAGAAGGACUUUAAAGGGGACCGUGAAAAGGAGACCAGCCCUCUAGAGAGCCCAGCCCAAGCAAGAGAACUUUGUACCGGGCUAAAUCAUUUAGCACCAUCUAAAGAUCCAACUGAAGGGCAAGAGGUGGAAACAGAAGAAGCAGAAACUGCUGAUGAUCAGGCCAACUCUGUACUGGAAGAAACUCAGGCAGGUUUUAAACUCCCCGACUCAAACAUAACAGACAGAGUUCCCUCCACAGAAGCAGAAAGUCAACAGGCAGCUGUAGGCCUGGAGGACAGGACCCAGACAUGCCCCACUUUGCUCUCAAUGAGUAACAUGGAAAGCCUGUCAAAUAGCGAUUCUCCCAGUAAUUUAUUGGCUCUGCAGGAACACACAGGAGCAACUAAGUGGGACUUGUCUGAAGGCUCAGCUGCGAUGGGAGAAGGACAGACCGUGGAUGAGAAUCCUCCCCCCAGUUCCAGGAAAUGGAGGAUUCCGGUUGAAAGGACAGAGGAAAUACGAAGUCUAGCCAAGAAACAUUACCUGGAUUGUGCGUCUGUGAGCAGCCCUCUUGCAAACCUGGGCAUGAGCGAGGGCACACGACUAAUAGCAGCUCUAGACCUUUGUCAGACUAGUACUAAAGUUCUGAGCCUCAAAGAAUCCUGGAGACAGCUCCAGCCCCAAGGUGCUGGAGUGUGUAUAGAUAAGGAAGCAAGAGGGGUUAGAUUACAGACUGAAAAUUUCUCAAAUGCAGCAGAAGCACAAGAAGAUGGAAGCCCAGAGACGUCUGGGGAGGUAGCAGAGCAGACGCACUGUGAAACUGAGCAUGAAAGACUCCUCAAGAAAUUAGAGCAGAGUGGUGAGAAUUGGCAACAGGCAGAAACCUUCUCAGUAAAGAAUGAAGCAGACGGAGACAUGGAGAACGCAGAUGAACACACGGAGGUGGGAUCAGCAACCCUAGAAGAGCCGUGUUGUAUGGGAGAGAUUGCAGUGACUGAGAAUGGAGAGAAAAAUACAGCAGCCGCUCGUUCUGCUCAGGAGACAGUGGUUCCAGCCAAAGCAGAAACAGGGAAGAAUGAGGAAGAAACUAUAGACAACAAUAUAAGGGGCCAUUUAAAUGAAGAAGAUCAACAUUGGGGGGUGGACACCUCCCCCAUGGAGAUCGUGGGGCCAGCACAUGACGAGGCAGAAGGAGAUACUGUGAACAAGGUUGUAGAGGAGCAUUUAAAGGGAGACCAACAUGCAAUGCUGGACACAUCCAGCCAGGAGAUACUGGUGCCAGGAAGAAAGGAAGCCCAGGAAGGCACUAGAGAAAAUAUAACGCUGGGUCAUUUAAAUUUAGCGGAUCAAAACUCAGUGAUGGAUGCCUCCCCCAAGGAGGGCCUUUUGCCAGAUAAAGCACACACAGGGGAGAAAGUGGAAGACAGUGCAGACAGUCCUAGGGGUGGCCCGUUAAAUGCUGUUGAGGACAAAGACCGUAAAGCUAGGGGAGAUGGAAAUGGUAGAGGAACAGCAAAGGAAGAGAGACAUCCACCCGGAGAAGGUCUGGCAGAGGCUGCUCUGGAUCCAGAAGGGGCCUCGGGGGAUGGAGCUGGAAGAGAAGAGAGAAGUGCCCCCCUGGGGAACGGAGCAGGGCUGGAACCCCAGGGGGCAUCUAUUGGGCACCCAAAGGUAAGGAAAAUCGUGAGCUUUGCUGAGGCACCCCUGGGCUGCCCCGCCUCCCUGAAACAGACAGCUAAUGGAGGAGCCAUGAGAGAUGGAAAAGAUCCCAGUGGUGAGGGAGAUUCAACCUUAAGCGAUGGUUUAAUACACAACCAAGAAAAAGAGAUGCUGACUUCACCAGGCAAUACAGAGUCUGACAUGCACCACCACCUUCCUUCUGCAAGGCUGCAGACCCCGCGCUGCGCGCAAGACGUCACACAGGAGGCUGUCUCCCUAAGAAGAACAGUGAAGAAAACCAGGAAGUUUGUUGUGGAUGGGAAGGAGGUCAGCGUGACAACCUCAAAGACCAUCGGUGAGGUGGAUACAAAGGGCGAGAAGAUGCGCUCAGCUCGGCGCCAGGAGCUGCAUGAACUCCGCCUUCUCCAGAAGGAAGAGCAGCGAGCCCAGAGCCAGCUGGAGCAGAAGCUCCAUCAGCAGCGGGAGCAGAUGUUCCGCCACAUUGAGCAGGAAAUGACGAGUAAGAAGCAGUAUUAUGAUCGCGAGGUGGAGAGCCUGGAGCGGCAUCAUCGGCAGGCCCAGGAGCGCCAGGAGCACGAGUUCACCGCCAGGCUACGCGAUGAGGCCAAGCGGCUGAAAGCCCUGCAGGAGAAGGACUAUGGCAAGAAGCUGUCGGCCUUUAGGGGCAACAGGAGAGAGGAGCAGAGAUUUCUGCAGCAGCAGCAGGAGGAGCUAAACCUGGCCUUGCAGAAAGUCGUCCAGGAGCACAAGAAGAAAACGACCUCUAUCGAGUGGGAGUGCGUCAGCAAGAUUCACAGCCUCAGGAGAGCCCGGGAGGCCGUGGUGUGGAGCGUGGAGCAAGGGCACCUGCAGGAGAAGUAUCACCUCUUCAAGCAGCAGGUGAAGGAGCAGUACUCACUCCAGCGGCACCAGCUGAGCAAGCGGCAUGAGAAGGAAACCGAGCGGAUGAGCCGCUUCCACCUCCUGCUGCUGGACGAGCUGAGGAACCAGCAGGUGCAGCAGCAGGCGCAGCUGCUGAAAACCCAGCGCGGGGAUGCCAAGCUCCGCCUCGCCCUGUUCAAGGAGAGUCUGAAGAUCCAGGAGGUGACGGGCGCUGAGCAGAAGGACAGGACCAAGCAGUUCCUGCAGCAGGAGGAGGGGCGCCAGCGGGCCGAGGGGCAGCUCCAGCAGCGGCAGCAUAAGGAGCAGCUGCAGGACCUGCAGCAGCGUCUGGCCGAGACCCUGAGCGAGCUGGAGCAGCUGCAGGCCGAGAAGCUCCGUCUGCUGGUCGAACAGGAGAAGAAGCAGCUGAAGGGGCUAGACGACGAACACACCCUGGAGCUGAGCGAGUGGAAACAGCGGCUCGUUACCCGCAAAGAAAUGCUUGAGGAGGAGCUGGCUCACUUGAACCCGCUGCAGCAGAAGGGGCUACACCAUGGCAGCGAAUCAGGCAGCAGGAUAUCCCGGUUCUUCCACUUCCCUUCCUGACAGCCCGCAUAGGAUCCCAGCGGGGACGGCCAGCACGGGUCCCAGGCUCCUCCUCCCCAUGACCUGCAGAACAGCUCGGGCCCAGAGAGCCGGAGCAGAGAAGGUGCCUGAGAGCAGGCAGGAGAAAAUCCCUCCUGUACCUAUAUUCAGGGGGUUUGAUCAAGGUGCAGUUCAACCAGAAAGGCCACACCUGUGACAGACCCAAGGAGCCCUGCAGCAGAAGCAGCUCUGGCUGGGCUGCUCUCUGCGGCGAGACACUGCGAGGGUGAUCCACAAGCCUAGAGCGCUGCAGUAAGGAGGUCAAGACAAGCAGAUACACAUGGCAUGUAGUGGUGGGCAGAGGAGAAGACAAGUGCGUCUCAGACAGUUGGACACAGAGCCUGUAGGGAUAUGGGACAAACCGUUAAUACGGUCCGCUGGAGGGGAAGAUUCAGCAAUAGCCUAACUUCUCACCCCGCCGACUGCAUUCUGCUCCCUAAGCUGUGAGACUGAAAUCCUCAUGCCCUCAGCGCUGGGAGUGGGGCGGUUGUAGCUUAUGGCAGGGGCAGUUCCAUUAUUUUCUCUCAACAUCCACAUUUCUAGGUGAAGGUAUCAAGGUCCAGACUCCAGAAAAAAAUAAUUUAAAAAGCUCAACAAUAAUGAUAAGUAAAUAAGAUUUCAGGGUCUG